AUGGGGAAGGAGGUGAAGAAUAUGGUGCUUCAAAUCCUGAAUCAAGAGAGGGACCCUUUAGAAUUUUAUCAGACUUUUAUUGUUUUGAUCCCUAAGUGUAAAAAGCCUAGGACACCGAAGGAUUUUUGGCCUAUUAGACUUUGCAACGUGGUAAUGAAGCUCGUGACAAAAACUAUUUCUAUUAGGGUCAAAAGGUUACUGCCUGAAAUAAUUGAUGUGGAACAAAACACCUUUGUGGGUGGAAGGGUCAUUUCGAAUAAUGUGUUGGUAGCAAUGGAGUGUUUCCAUUGGAUGAAGAAGAAGAAGAAGAAAGGAAAGAAAGGGUCGAAUGGAGUUUUUUGUUGGAGUGUUGAGUGCUAUGAGGUUCUUGGAGAAUAUGGUUUCCCUGAUCAAAAGAUGUAUUUCUUUGGUGUCCUACCAAGUUCUCCUCAAUGGCCAGCUAGACCAAAUGUUUUUCUCGCAGAGGGGUAUCCGUCAAGGAGACCCUCUUUCCCCUUACUUGUUUGUUCUCUACACAGAUGUCCUAUUGGGGGUGCUGAAGAGGUAGGUCAUGGAAGGCAUGUUACAUGGGAUUCAGGUGGCUAG